AUGACAGGUCACCAUUCCCUCGAUUCACGCAUUCAAAGCGUGGUUCAGAGCCAACCCACUGAAUUGCCCGAGUUUCCUGAUGACAAGAGUGAUCUCCCCAGCGAUUACGAAUAUAAUCCUGACGAAAUGGACGAUGUCGAAGAAGAAGUAGAAGAAAUUGACGAAAACGAACUGUUGGCUCACUUGGAUCGACAGGAGCAUCCCCUGUACGUUGCCCAACGAUUGUUCUAUAACGAAGUAAAUACAACGCAAUCGCAGACCCACGCUUCCGAAUGGCAAUUACACUGCUUGCAACCCAAAGUGAUUGAAGAUCUCUACGCUCACGGAUGGGCCACCGUGAAAGGAAUGUUCGAACUGCAAGAUCUCAAAGGCGCUUAUGAGGAGGCAAACAGCAUGCGCGGCCAGUUUACACCAGCCGAUAAAUCAAUCCCUGAAGGUGAUCCUUUCAGAGAUACAAAAGCCCGAGAUGAUGCCAUUAUCUGGCUUGAUCCGUCAUCGCAGAAAAUGACCGAGACCCCUUAUCUUCAAAAAAUGCUCGAUUUUAUUCGAGGCCCAUUGAGCAAUGACCUCAAAAAGAUGAUGCGUCUUCGAGGCCCUAUUGAAUAUCAGCUGUCGCAUUUCCCCAGCAACGGCCGUUAUGAAAAGCACCGUGAUGGUUUCCCAAUUGACGAUCCAGAAGAUACGCAACAGAGACGUGUUACUGUCAUGAUCUUCUUAACGCCUGGCUGGACCCCAUGCGAUGGAGGUGAACUCCGUAUUUUCGGCAAUGCAUCUGAACAACACGGCACGGUGGAUGCCGCAGCAAGAGAUAUCCACCCGUUAUUGGACCAUAUAGUAAUUAUGCUUAGUGGAGUGGUAGAUCAUGAAAUUUUACCCGCUGCCAAAGAGCGAUUUGCAUUGACAGCAUGGCUGCGAUAA